AUGCCAAGAAGCUCGGCCUUCCCCUCUUCGACUGAAGUAUAUGCGUCGGUGCGGCUGCCGGCUCACGGCAAGAAUGUGUUUCUGCUGGGUAAGGUGCGAGUGCACUGGCGGUGGAUCGUGCUGCCGGCCUACGGGUACAUCACGGAGGCGGCUCAUGUGGACUACUACGACAACGUGGAGUCGCGGCUGGUGUCAGUCAGUCAGUCUACCGCACACCGGCACUGCCGCCCGAGCCACAAGUGAAUGUGGAGGUCUAUAGUGUUGUGGUCAACUUCUCGCCGAAGCUUCAGGUGAGUCGGGGAACAGACAGGCAAAUAUUCCGAUCAUGCAUCUGCCUGCGUGUAGUGUGGCUGCUCUUCUGCGUCGUUUGUCAGAUCCACCGACACGUCAGAGUUUGUGUUCUCUCUAAAGAGAGCGCGGCGUCGAUGACGAUCAGCGUCCCCGAGCCGGUCAUGGGCCUCUCCCACACCCCUGCCACCGACUGGGUCCUCUCACACCCGCCUGUGCUCCUGUCCAGCCGCAUCGCUCUCACCAUCACCUUACCGAGGCCGCGGAGGGCCAAUAAAUCGGCGGCCACCUGACGCGCCCCCGCUACACCCCUGCGCCAUCUGUGUGUAUCGUCACUCACGAAGGGCGAGAUUGGGAAGACACUCACCGUGGAGACACUCGUCUGCUGCACCGAGGUGCGUAUGCGUGUGUGGAUAGAUGGGAAGCACUGGGAAGCAGGAUGCCUGAGUGCGUGUCUGUGGUGGUGUUGUGGUGUGUUCAGGUGACGGACACGGUGUGUUAUAUGAGCCACCUUGUGCGAGACGCGCCGACACAUGAGCGACUUAACCCCUUCCUAAACCGAGACGCCAAGACGCCCGACGAAAAGUGAGCAGAUCAAGCGGACACAAUCAAGACCCCCAGACGGCCAUCUCUCCCUCCCUCUGUCCAUCAGGCUGAGGGCUGCAACGGCAUCAGCCGUCAGUGCCGUGGAGCUGCGUAUCGUCAGUAUCUUGCUCGUCGCCAUUCGCUGCAUGCAAGACAGCCCUCCCCGCACCCAACCAACGCCAGGCCCCAACUCACCACAUCCCUCCUGCUUAGCCCCGAUUCGCCCACCCACGCCACGGCCAUGGUGA